AUGUGUUGCAAAACCUCCGGAAGCUCCUGUGGUAGCUACUGUGGCUAUGGCUCUGGCUAUGGCAGUGGUUUUGGCUCCAGAUAUGGCUGUGGCUAUGGUUCUGGCUAUGGCUGUGGCUAUGGCUCCGGCUAUGGCUGUGGCUACGGCUCCAGCUAUGGCUGUGGUUAUGGCUCCAGAUAUGGCUGUGGCUACGGCUCUGGCUAUGGCUGUGGCUAUGGCUCUGGCUAUGGCUCCAGGUAUGGCUGUGGCUACGGCUCUGGCUAUGGCUGUGGCUAUGGCUCUGGCUAUGGCUCCAGGUAUGGCUGUGGCUAUGGCUCUGGCUAUGGCUGCGGCUAUGGCUCCGGAUAUGGCUCUUCCUGCUACCGAAGAUGCUAUUCUUGCUGUUAG